AUGUCUCCAACCACCAACCGUUCCUUCUGGCAAGACAAAGCCGGCGUCCCAGGCACCAUCCGCGAGACCGCUAUCCCUUCCACCUUCUCUGAGGAUGAAGUACUUGUAAAAGUUCGCGCCUGGGGUUUAAACCCCGUCGACGCCUUUAUCCAGAACCACCCCCUUCCGUUUUUCAAGUACCCCCUGAUCCCAGGCCAGGAUAUCGCCGGAACCAUCGAGCGCGUGGGCUUAGGAUCCAACUCUCGGCGAUUCAAAGACUACGUGGUGCUAGAUCCCGCCCUAGCUGUUAAGAUCCCAGACUCACUAUCCUUCGCCGAAGCAGCCGUGUUCCCGCUCUGCUUGGCUACGGCCGGCCACGCGCUCUUCGGACCCAAGUAUCCGCUCUUCUCUUCCCCCUCCAAGGCUUCCGGCGCCCCGAGAACCGGGAAAUCGGUCCUGAUCUGGGGCGGCGCUUCCGGCGUCGGCAGCAACGCGAUACAGUUAGCGAAAGCAGCCGGAUUCAACGUUCUCGCUACAUGCUCGCCGCGGAACUUUGAAUAUGUGCUUGGUCUGGGCGCGGAUAUGGUGUUUGACUAUAACAGUGCGACGGUCAUCGACGACAUAGUGGCUGAACUCGAUAAAAGUAGUUGCGCGGGGAUCUUCCAAGCCGCGGGAAUGACCGGCGAUGCCAUUGCGCCGUGCUGCCAGAUCUCGCACCGCUUGCGGCAGAAGCCAUUCGUCGCGUGCGCCAACGUUAUUCCGGAGGGGGCGGUGCCGGAGGGUGUUGAAGCGAAGUUUGUAUUUGGCGGGGAGGAUGGGAGGGGCAUGUAUUAUGAUACUAGCUCUCAGCUUUUCGGUGGGUUUCUGGAGGAGGCGCUGGGACUGGGAACGUAUAAGGUUGCGCCUACGCCGGAGGUGGUGGCUACUAAGGGGUUGGAAGGGAUUCAGGAGGGGUUGGAUGUUGUGAGGAAGGGCGUUUCGGCGAAGAAGAUUGUUGUUUUGGCGGGAGGCUUGUAG